GACACUAUUAAAAUUUUGUCUUUUACCAACAAUAAAUCAGCAACAUGAGAUUGUUUGUUGCUGAAAAUAGAAAAGCCGCCGGAUCUGCUCUGUUUCCUCCCCCUUUGCCGCCGACUGCUGCUGGUUUCCUUCCUAAAGUCUGCGUGAAGCUCCCCUGCCAUUUUUCCCGCCGGCACUUCCUCGUCCCGCAAGCUCCAACUUUGCUUGUUGGGGGAUUUUUGGACCAAGAUGCCAGAGGUGGGGGAUGAGUUUUGGCAAUUGGAAAAUGGGUUUUGGUUGAUGAUUGGUGUAGGAAAUUAGUGGGUUUGAUUGUUGUGUGAUGUCCGAGAGAAAAAGGGGAAAAUUCUGUGAAUUGGCCUUUUUGUCAAGGCCGGUUCUCCCAAUCCUGUCCAUUAGUUUGAGAAAUUGUAUAUGUAUAAUUGUGUAAUUGUAUAUACAUAGAUAUUAAUUUGGGAAUAUUGUGAUUAGGUCCUUGAUUGUCCUGUGGCCUUAGCACUUGGAUUAGGCCUUCCGUCCUGUGUGAUUAAGUGGUGGCGGGACUAAACCCGUUUUAUACAAAAGUAAGUAUGAUUGAUUUGAAAUGAAAUUUUUAUGCUUUUCAUUAAAUUGAGCAUGCCUACUUGAAAUUUGAUUGAUUGUCCUAAUGAUUUGAAAGUGAUUGGUAAAGAAUGAUUUUCUGUGAACUUCUGCCUGUUUUGUCUCCGAUAUGGUUAUGUUAUUGAUUGUAAUCCUGCUAGUGGGGGUUAAACGCUAGCACAUGUCGACAUGUUAUUGAUAGAACCGGUUCGUUCAAGUGUAGCCUGCCAGUGGGAAGUUUAAUACACUGGCUAUGACCUA